AUGGAGAAUCCAGUCCGCGAGAUUCGGACGGUUAUUGAGCUCCUCACUCAGUCUCCGCCUACCUUACAAGCCUCCACUAUUGAGAAAUUCUUCACCCCGAAUGCCUCAUUCUCCCAUCCGUUCUGUCGGACCUGGUCCUUCAAUGGAUCUAGAUGGCUGAUUCUGGCCAUUUAUCGAUUCUACAAGAUCUUGUCACCUCGGGUUGACCUUGAAGUCAUGUCAAUUGCCUUCGACCAAGACAACCUCAAACUCUACCUCACCAUAUCUCAAAUUUUCUCCAUCUUCAUAAUCCCCUUCUACCUCGCCCCUGUGACUCUAACAACAGUCCUAACCCUGACCACCGACCCAAACGAAUACCGGGGCUACAAGGACUUUGAAAAAACUGGCCGCCAGCUUCAACAACACGACGACCAACCCAGCGAAGACACCAAAUUCAACGACGAAACAACAAAAUAUUGGAUCUCCUCACAGGAAGAUUUGUAUCAAACUACUGAGUUUGUGAAAUUUUUCUUGCCGUUUGGUAUUGGUGUCUUUGCGGUUUUUGUAUGGCAUGUGUUUGCUACAGCCGGUUGUGUUUUUGGAUUUUUGAUUUUGUCGCCUGUGACCUGGGCGGAGGAGAGGUUUUCAUUGAAGAAAGAAGUACGUGAGGCUUUGGGGCAUAAUGUGUCGGAGGUGACGGGUAAUGUGGUUGAACAUUUUACGCAUGAGGCGGAGGGAUUGAUUACUGGGGUUGCGGAAUCUGUGCAAGAGCGACUCAAGGAGGCUUGA